AUGGCUAAAUCCAUGCAAGCAGUGGAAGAGGAGCUGACUUGCUCCAUCUGUGUGGAUAUUUUUCGGGAGCCGGUUUCUCUACCGUGCCACCAUAGUUUCUGUCGAGAAUGCCUGAGACUGUUUACAGAUAAGAACAACCCCUCUGUUAUUGAAUCCAGUGGCCGACAGAUCAACUGCCCUGUGUGUCGCUCACCCACUGUUUUGACGGACGAGGAUGUAAAUGCUCUCCCAGUCAACACCGAAUUGUGUGGAAAGGUGGAGGACUUCGGACAACAAGACAAACUAACAGAAGACACCCCAAUGUGCUCAAUGUGUGAGGAGACCAGCAUGUCACCGGCCGCCAUGUUCUGUUCUAAUUGCGACGGGUUUUUCUGUCAGCAAUGUCUUACAACAAUGCAUCCUAUGAAGGGACCGUUCAAGCGGCACACGGUCAAACCUGUAAACGAGAUCUUAGCCCAGAGCUCUGUAGAGGAAUCGGAAAUUUUGGACACAAAAUCUGAGUCAGAUUACAAGUCAGAGUGUGACAAGCACAGUCAGUUUCUGUCCAUUUACUGUGUACCUUGCAAGGACGUGAUCUGUCCUGGUUGCCUUGGAGAUCAUCUUGAACACAGCUGUCUGGACUUGGAGACAGCGGUAGAAGAAAAUAAGGCGACAUUUGAGGACAAAGCUGGCCAACUGAAAAUAGUCAUGGAGUCAGUAGAAAAGGGUUUGGCGAGAUGUGGAGAACUGUGUCAAAUUAUCAAGGAAAAUCAAGAUGUUCAUUUAAAGUCAAUAGAGACCUCAUACACAACAGCUCUGACGACUUUGAACAACUGGAAGGCAAACUCUGAGGCGGCUGUAAGAAUGAGGCAUUCCAGCUGGAGUGUUGAAUGUGGUGCAUGGACCAAAGCCCUAGACAUGCAAAUCGAUGGCAUAAAAAUGUCACAGGGGUCGUGUAAGAACUUAAUAUCUUCCCAGGACGUAAAGUUUUUACAGGGCUCAAAACAGUUGAAUGAAAGGAUUGAUGGUCAGUUAACAGAAGUAAGAAGUUGUUUGAAGACAUAUGAAGAAAUUGGACACAAAUUACAGAACUUCGUUAGAAGUGACCCUGCUCUCUACGUGGAUCUGAUCGUAAAGCAAGGGCCUGCAAAAGAGAGGCUCAUCUUUACAGUGACAGAUAACAAAAUGCUGAAGAUCACUCACAACGGCUCCAUAAUAGAGUGCGCGCAGCGGUCCAGGAGAGAUUGGUGUCGAGCUUUGACAGACGGUCGUCUCCAGAAGGGCAGACACUACUGGGAAGUGGAGAUCUCUGAGCCGUUGCCGAUGUCAUAUAAAUCUGGUUGUUCCUGUUGUGUUGGUGUUGUAAUGGAGAGUUAUGGUCGGAGUAAGAGUGACCCGGGCAGUGGCCACUGGUAUGUUAAGAUAGAGCAGAAGCAUGGCUGGCUCAACUUUUUCAUCAUUGCCCAUGAUCAGUUCAGCUCAGCCUAUGAAAAAUACAAUCGUCUGAAUGGACCUCAACACUUCGGUCUGUUUCUGAACUGUGAUAAUCGGUCACUAUCAGUGCUGGACCGUUGUAGCAACCAGGUGAUGUUCACAGUCGAGAGUUUAGAUCUCUGGGAACCACUUAUUCCGUUUGUUCAGUUUGAAGGAGUAAAAUCGGCGUCUGCUCGUCUUGUAACCGUUGACUCUGUGACUCAUCCUAAACUUCUCAAUGACCUGUUCAUCACGAUCUAGUCACUACAUUCGGAUCGAGUAUAUAAUUAUAAAUAAAUCCUCAAGACUUUGUAUCAGAUAAAUCGAUAACAAUGGUUUUUGAGACUUGGUCGAUUAUCGAGGUUCCCUUCUUGAUAUACCAUGUACAUGGAUAUCUGUUAAUGACGUGCACUCAGAGGUGUUCAUUUCAGAGAACCAAAGCGUGUUUACAUUUUCACAUCACCUGACUAUCAAUAUACUGUGACUUGUGAUAUCUUGUUACUGGGCUGGAAACAGAUAUAUUGCAAAUAUACGCAUGUUAUAGUUAAGUGUAUGUGUGAUAUAAUCACUUUUUAUUCUAUCUUUUAUUUCGUAUGUUUUCUUUUAUCUCUGAAUCAUUGAACUGUGUUUAUUCGAUAAUUACGUGUACAUUUGUAAAGGUAAAUAAACACAUUCCUUUUAAUUACAGUUAUCUAGAUGGGUAGUGGGUUAACAGAAAAACACCGCUCGAAGGCCUCAUUGGCCGAGUGGUUAUCGUGCUUGCAACCUCUACGCCAAUACUGUCGCCGUGAGUUCAAAUCCUGUUUAUGCUGCUUUUUUUUUCUCUUUGGUCAUACUUUUGAAUCAGCAACCCGAGGAUUGUCAUAGCUUUCACCCUAGCUCUGCCCGUUUUCUUUCAAUCCGAAUGCUGCCCAAAAUCGUAUGGGUGAAAUAUUCUUGAGUGCGGCGUAAAACACUAAUCAAAUAAAUAAACAUAAAGCCUUGUUAGUAAAUCCAACCUGUUUAUGCCGACGAAGGUGAAAGCAUGUAUCUGUCAAAUUUCCUAACAAUGUGACAUAAUUGCAAUAUGAUAUAAACUAAACACAUAAAACUACCCGUGAGUUCAUCAUUUAUUUAUUUAAUUGGUGUUUUACGCCGUACUCAAGAACAUUUCACUUAUACGAUGGCGGCCAGCAUGAUGGUGGGUGGAAACCGGGCACAGCCCGGGGGAAAUCCACGACCAUCCGCAGGUUGCUGCCAGACCUUCCCACUUACGGCCGGAGAGUGUUCAUCAUUGAGCAUAACUAUAUGUAGCCCGACAUAUCCCCUGUUGCAUUCUGUGUGUAUAUAUACCCUGUGUAGAUGUAGAUUACGAACUGAUUUUUG